AUGGCUUUAAAGGUGAUUCAGAGGAUUCAGUUACUCGGGCAGACAGGGGCACACCUCUGUGCUCCAGGCAGGCUGGGUCGCAUCUCCAGACUUCUGAGUGCUCCGGUAGGGGAGCUCCUGUGUGUGGCGUGCCUAUGGACCUCAGCGGAAAGCUGUAUCCAGAGACACCGCUGUCAGAGACUCAGUAAGCCAGCCUGUGGGAGGAUGAGUUUGUCCACCAUUGCCAAGGACGCUUUCUACACCACUGGGUCAGUCGGCCUCCACAAAGACUCCGUCCCCAGGUUCCGUCUGAGCCAGCUGCACCGGCCCACUGUUGCAGAGGAGAAAGCCUUCCUGGACCGCCUCAGCAGUUGCUCUUCCUCUAGACAGGUCCUGCGACUCCUCCGCACUGUGGAGAUCAUGUCUGACACCAUGGCAGCGGCAGCCCUGCACCGAGUGGCUGACCUGGAGCAGGAUGGCACCUCCCUGAAGGACCCCUCAGUGCUGGAGAAGGACCCUCUCAGUGCGCUGUGCUGCCAGCUAGAGCAGGACUCUGGGCGUCUGACAGAGGCCGGGCUGGUUUCUACCCUGCUGGCCUGCACACGCCUCUACGUGGACCCCUGGAGCACGCUGGUGGUGCGGCUGGUUUCGGAGAGCCAGGAGCGGCUGGACAGGGGCCAGAUGAGCAUAGGACAGCUGUGCACCCUCGGCCAGGCCCUGUUGGCCCUGGAGGGCCCGGGCUGUGGGAUGCUGGAGCAGGUGAUGGAGCAGGUACAGAAGCAGGAGCCAGGCCAGUGGAGCCUAGCAGAGCUCACUGCUGUAUACGGACUGCUGCAGGCAGGAGUAGGGGAGGAGGGAAGCUACCAAGACCUCCUAAACGCUAUGCACACCCACGCUGUGUCAGUCACCUCCCAUAUGGACCCCCCUGCUGUCAGCGGGGUGUUCAGUGCCUUGGUUGUCCUGAACCAGACCCAGGCCAUGCCCCUGGUCAUCAGUCUGUGUAAGCAGGCGGUCAGGCACGUACCCCACUUCAAAGACGAGGAGCUGGGGCUAGUGCUCGGGGCGCUCAUGCACUUUGGACACAGCGACCACUUCUUGGUGAAGGCUAUGGAGAGACACGUUCCCAAGAUGGCGUUUACCUCCCACCCAGAGACAGUCACCAAGGUGAUGGAGUACUUUGGGCGCCGGAACAUCCUGUCGCUGCCGGUGUUUGACGCUGUGGCGGAGAGCUUUGUGUACCGGGCGGACGACUACAGCACCGGCCAAGUGGCCAGGCAGAUCACGCCGUUCGGGAAGCUGGGCUACCUGCCGCCCAACGCUGGGGAGGUGUUCCGGAAGGUGGAGGCCAUCCUGCGCGCACGCUUCUCUCAUUUCCAGCCCAGAACACUCCUCAACCUGCUGCACUCCUGCAUCCUGGUAGAGAGGUUCCCUGUCAACUUUGUGUCCAAGGUCUUCAACUGCUACUUCCUCCAGCAAUUACAAGGUACCCUCAUUGAUAAGCCCACAGGCCAUUUCUUUUGGUGUGUUUUACCCCCUUUUUCUCCCAAUUACAAUCUUGCCUUAUCGCUGCAACACCCCAACGGGCUCGGGAGAGGCGAAGGUCGAGUCAUGCGUCCUCCGAAACAUGACCUGCCACACCGCGCUCCUUAACACCCACCCGCUAACCCGGAAGCCAGCUGCACCAAUGUGUAGGAGAAAACACUGUUCAACUGACGACCAAAGUCAAUCUGCAGGUGCCCAGCCCGCCACAAGGAGUCGCUAGAGCGCGAUGGGCCAAGUAAAGCCCCCCGGCCAAACCCUCUCUUAAUGACGCUGGGCCAAUUGUGCACCGCCCUAUGGGACUCCCAGUCACGUCCGGUUGUGAACCCGGGUCUGUAGUGACGCCUUAGACCGCUGCGCCACUCGGGAGGCUUGUUUGGUAUAUUUUAAACUGAAUUGCCCCACACCUUUUUACUCUUCUUCAUAAUUGCAAUUGUUGCAGUAUCUUUGGUUUAACAAUUGUAAAUUAAUUUGUGUUCCAGAGCAAGGCACGGGGGUCGACCGGGUUGUACUGGCCCAACUGACCCAACUCUACAUGACUGUGAAGCUUGAAUGUCCUUUCUAUGAGGUAACGAGUUACUACAAAUCAAUAUUCAUUCUAUGAUAGCAUUGCCACUCCUGCUCAACUGCAGUGUUGCAAUCCUAGCACACUAUCCUCUGAUUCACCUUUAACACCCUGCUUUAACCCCAGGGUCCAAGGCUCCUUCCUAAAUACCAUGUCAAGUCUUUCCUUACUCCUGGUCGGUCUCUGGAGACGCCGGUUGACGGACACCUCUACAACUAUGUGAAAACUGGACUGGUGGAUCUACUAGGGGCCCGCGCCUACUUCGCUUCCAGAGUCCUCACUCCAUACUGCUACACACUAGGUAAUGCAGACGGCACAUUGUAAGAUACAACACAGGUAACCUUUAAUUCAAUGCUUCAGACUAUGUUAUGGUUAUACCUACUGAAAAUGAAGGUGCAAAGAUAAAUAUGUUUGUUUCAGAUGUGGAAAUAAAGCUUGAUGAGGAAGGAUAUGUAUUGCCUGCCAGUCAAAUCGAUGAUAUCUUCAAGAGGUAAAAACAAUAGACAUUCAAACAAUGGAAAGUAUUCAGACCCCUUGACUUUUUCCACAUUUUGUUACGUUACAGCUUUAUUCUAAAAUAGAAUCAAUCAAUCUACACACAAUACCCCAUAAUGACAAAGCUUUGUUGAAGCAUACUCCUGAGUGGUGCAGUGGUCUAAGGCACUGCAUCGCAGUGCUAACUGUGCCACUAGAGAUCCUGGUUCGAAUCCAGGCUCUGUCGCAGCCGGCCGCGACCGGGAGACUCAUGGGCGGCGCACAAUUGGCCCAGCGUAGUCCAGGGUAGGGGAGGGAAUGGCCGGCAGGGAUGUAGCUCAGUUGAUAGAGCAUGGCGUUUGCAAUGCCAGGGUUGUGGGUUCGAUUCCCACGGGGGAACAGUAUAAAAAAAUAUGUAUUCACUAACUGUAAGUCGCUCUGGAUAAGAUGUAAGCACCUUUGGCAGCGAUUACAGCCUAGAGUCUUCUUGGGUAUGACGCUACAAGCUUGGCAGACCUGUAUUUGGGGAGUUUCUCCCAUUCGUCUCUGCAGAUCCUCUCAAGCUCUGUCAGGUUGGAUGGGGAGCGUCGCUGCACAGCUAUUUUCAGGUCUCUCCAGAGAUGUUCGAUCAGGUUCAAGUCCGGGCUCUGGCUGGGCCACUCAAGGACAUUCAGAGACUUGUCCUGAAGCCACUCCUGCGUUGUCUUCGCUGUGUGCUUAGGGUCGUUGUCCUGUUGGAAGGUGAACCUUCCGGUUCUGAGCGCUCUGGAGCAGGUUUUCAUCAAGGAUCUCUCUCUACUUUGAUCCGUUCAUCUUUCCCUCGAUCCUGACAAGUCUCCCAGUCCCUGCCGCUGAAAAAAAUCCCCACUCCACGAUGCUGCCACCACCAUGCUUAACCAUAGGGAUGGUGCCAGGUUCCCUCCAGACGUGAUGCUUGGCAUUCAGGCCAAAGAGUUCAAUCUUGGUUUCAUCAGACCAGAUAAUCUUGUUUCUCAUGGUCUGAGAGUCCUUUAGGUGCCUUUUGGCUAACUCCAAGCGGGCUGUCAUGUGCCUUUUAUACCGAGGAGUGGCUUCCGUCUGGCCACUCUACCAUAAAGGCCUGAUUGGUGGAGUGCUGCAGAGAUGGUUGUCCUUCUGGAAGGUUCUCCCAUCUCCACAGAGGAACUCUGGAGCUCUUUCAGAGUGACCAUCUGGUUCUUGGUCACCUCCCUGACCAAUGCCCUUCUCCCCUAAUUGAUCAGUUUGGCCUGGCAUCCAGCUCUAUGAAGAGUCUUGAUGGUUCCAAACUUCUUUCAUUUAAGAAUGAUGGAUGCCACUGUGUUCUUGGGGACCUUCAAAGCUACAUAAAUGUUUUGGUACCCUUCCCCAGAUCUGUGCCUCGACACAAUCCUGUCUCUGAGCUCUAGGACAAUUCCUUCCACCUCAUGGCUUGGCUUUUGCUCUGACAUGCGCUGUCAACUGUGGGACCUUAUAUAGACAUGUGUAGAAACAUCUCAAGGAUGAUCAAUGGAAAGAGGAUGCACCUGAGCUCAAUUAAAAAGUAUCAUAGCAAAGGGUCUGAAUAUUUAUGUAAAUAAGGUAUUUCUGUUUUUUACAUUUGCUAACAUUUCUAAAAACCUGUUUUCGCUUUGUCAUUAUGGGGUAUUAUGUGUAGAUGCGAAAAGUAUAAUUUAAUCAAUUUUAGAAUAAAGCUGUAAUGUAACAAAAUGUGGAAAAAGUCAAGGGGUCUGAAUACUUUCUGAAUGCACUGUAGGUGAUCAAAUUGUUGUACUAUAGCUAUUUUAUUAAUGCACUCUUAUUUUGUUGUGUACUUGCAGGAUAGCAGUUUGCAUUGACGGCCACAAGAGGUUCACUGUGAACACAAGACAGCUGCUGGGAAAAGAGGCCAUCAAGCAGCGGCACCUGAGGCUUCUGGGAUAUGAAGUUGUUCAGGUCAGAAACCCAUGCUGAAACCCUGAAUACCACGUUUGACUGAUGUUUUGACCUUUUUGAGUGUCCCGUCUGCUGUAAAUUAUAUGUGUUCUGUCUGCUGGCCCCGUGUAGCUCAGUUGGUAGAGCAUGGCGCUUGCAACGCCAGGGUUGUGGGUUUGAUUCCCACAGGGGGCCAGUAUGAAAAAAAGAAAAAAAUAUAUGCACUCACUAACUGUAAGUCGCUCUGGAUAAGAGCGUCUGCUAAAUGACUCAAAUGUAAAUGCUGUAAAUUCUGAUUUCAGCCCCUUUGCUAGUGUUCUGCCUGUCUCUAGGCGUCUACUGUCAAGAAAGAGCAUAUCUGUAUUCAGUUGGAUCUACUCUUUGCUCCAUCUGUUACUAAUAGAAGUCUUUUGUUUUUGUAGAUUCCUUACUAUGAAUUUGAGAAGCUUCGGAACAAGACCGAGGUUGUUGAAUAUCUUCACAAAAAGAUCUUCCCCCUCAGCUACAGGCUCAGUUGGUGAUGACUGGCACAAAAGGUCUUUGUUGCUGCCAUACAGCUAUAACACUGUGAGCUAUACAGUUUGGGCACUGUUUUUGACUUUUCAAAGUGCCACAUUGUCCAACAUUUCUACCGGAAGAGAAAGCAUAUCGUUCAACUAUAUGAAUACCGUCAACAAAUCAUGUAUUUAUUGCUUUUGAGUGAUUGUAAUUCUACACACUACGUGUUCUAUUGUAUAAUUAAAGGUAUUAUUUAGUCUUGUUUCUCUCCUUUGCUUUAAUCCACCAUGAUGGACUUCGCCAUGGCAAAAUUUGAAAUAUAUAAUACAUGUAUAUUUAUUGUUAGUAGGCAACACAGUGCUGCAGUAGAAAGUUAGAACAACCAAAUACCAAGAAUCACCUUGGAGGGGGAAAAAGUAAAUUUGUUCAUACAAAGAACAAGAAUUUUGAACAUAGCCAAGCAUCACUAUCGAUUAUUGAUUUACAUUUUUGAUAAAUGAUUAAAUUCAAGAGAACCUAAUUAAGGCAAGUUGUUUUUCUCUGUCCACCACCAUGUAAUGUAGGUCAGUCGGAUGUAAACUGAGUAUACAAAACAUUAAGAACACCUGCUCUUUCACUGACCAGGUGAAAGCUAUGAUCCCUUAUUGAUCAGUGUAGAUGAAGGGAAGGAGACAGGUUAAAGAAUGAAUUUUUUUUGGGGGGGGGGGGUUGUUGGGUAUGUGGAGGUGAUGCGCAACUCAAUAUUAGGAAGGUGUGCCUAAUAUUUGGUAUACUCAGUGUAUAUGUUUUAAAAAGGGUAUGAUACAUUAAAAAAAAAUUGGUUUGGAGUGUUGCCAUUGGUUUCUGCCUGCUGUCCAUCCAUUAUGUAGCAGGGAUCUGUGGCAGGCCAAAUUCAUCCACCAGAACUCCAUCCUGUAAAACAGACAAAUUACAAUUUUGUAGGAAACUCCAGUUAUGUCUAAAUAGGUGCAGAAUGUGUCUUCAUCCAAUGUCCUAAAAACAAAACUGAACACUUCGAACAAUGCAUCCGUCUUCUGUACUGAUGAAACAGUGUCAGUUGUGAUUGCAUUUUAACAUAAUACUCCAGUGAAUUAUUCAAGACUAAACUGGGUAAACAAGAAUACAGUGGUCAGAGAGAGAUAUGUGUACCCGGUUUGGUGCUCUGUCGCUGGGUAU